GUACAAUUUGUACGCCAAAAUGAAUAAGGCGCUGCGGCUAUCUCGUUCGGUUUUGCAGUCAGCUGAUUCCUCGCUUAAAUCUAGUAUGGUGAUCUGCCAUGGUUUAUUGGGUUCCAAGAAUAAUUGGAAGAGUAUUUCCAAUGCGUUAGCCCAGAAAAACUGUGGAACUAUUGUGGCCGUUGAUUUACGUAAUCACGGAAAUAGCCCACAUUCCGAUGAUAUGAACUAUUUUAAUAUGGCGGAAGAUAUACACAUGGUUGUAGAUGACCUCAGCCUGCGUAGCGUAUGCUUGGUUGGCCAUAGUAUGGGCGGCAAAGCGGUUAUGUGCGCAGCUCUAAUGAAACCAGAAAGGUAUGAUAAGUUGGUUGUAUUUGACAUAUCCACGACACCAAAAUCUACUAUACAAUCUCUUACACCUAUAGUAGAUCUAAUGUCUUCUGUGGAUUUGAAAGCUUUGGGACACAAAAAUAAUGGGAAUAUAGGAAUGGUCCGAAAUUCAUUAAUGAAAGAAUGGGAUAAAACAGUCCCGAAUCCUACAAUGCGCGCGUUUCUUCUAACAAAUCUUGGAGAAAAAGAUGGAGAGAUAUUUUGGAAGGUGAACCUUAAGGCAAUUAAAAGCUGUUGGAAUCAGAUAACAGACUUUCCUGCGGAAUUGAGUGGUCGUGUUUUCAACCAACCUGUGAUGUUUGUUGCAGCAAGCGAUGGAAAGUAUUUAGGACGAUCAGAUUUACCAUCUCUACGCAAAUAUUUCCCUCAAGCAAAAAUUGUUCAGAUUGCUAACACCGGUCAUUGGGUUCACUUUGACGCUCCAAAUACAGUGACCAAUUUGAUUACAUCUUUCGUGUUAGAUAAAUCAUUUGAUCCUACCUCAUUUGCAGAUGUUAAAGAGAUUAAAUAACAACAAAAAUGGUAUACUGUCAGUAUGUAAUCGAUAAGAGAAGGAAGACAAACUUAUUUCUA